AGAGGCAGUGGCAACACUGGUUUAAAAAAACAUCAAAAAGAAAAUGGCCGUGCAAAACGUAGACGCAAAGUCUUUGGCGGAAUUUUAGUUUAGUUUGGCGUGGUAGGCAUUUUUUUAGAUUGAAACUUUGGAAAGAAUAUCUUAACUCUAUUACGUUCCACAUAGUUUUCUAUCGUUUUAAAGAAGUUUUGUAGUUUGAUUUGAGGUAGGAUUUUUCUCACAUUUUAAAACUUGCUUUUGCUUUGAAUUUCAGUGUGAUUUAUUUUUACGACAGACUAUUAUAUGAAUUCGGAUAGACUAAUGGUGUGUGGUAAAUUAUUUUUACUUGAUUGUGUAUUGAAAUGUCUGUGCACUACAAAUUCAAAAGUGCAUUAGAUUAUGAUACCGUCACUUUCGAUGGACUGCAUAUAUCAGUAGGAGAUCUGAAAGCUGCAAUAUCACAACAAAAACGCAUUGGAAAAACUUCAGAUUUUGACCUGCAAAUCACGAAUGCUCAAACAAAAGAAGUUUAUGUGGAUGAUAAUACUUUGAUUCCCAAAAAUACAUCUUUACUUGUUGCAAGAGUCCCCCUCUCUCAGCAACCUAAAAAACAGUGGGAAGGUUCAAACAGUGCAACAUCUGUACAACAUAAAGAUGCAGUUGCUAACAAGGGUUUGGCCGAUCUAUCUCGCAUGGAAGGUAGCGAACAGGAUAAAAUAAAUGCUAUGAUAUCACAAUCCACUUUUGACUAUGAUCCUAGCAAUUAUCAAAAAAUUAGAGGUCAAAAUCAAAGAGGAGUGGUGCCUUCAAAUUACGUUUGCUAUAAAUGCCAAAAGCGUGGACAUUGGAUUAAAGAUUGCCCUUUAGCAAAUUCUGGAGAGCCUGUCGAAAUAAGAAGGAGUACAGGGAUACCACGUAGUUUUAUGGUACCAGUGGAAGGUCCAAAAGCACCAGGCGCAAUGAUGACCCCAAGUGGUACCUUUGCUGUGCCAGUUGUAGACCGUGAGGCGUAUUUGGCAUCUGAGAAUGCUGCUGGUGGUGCAGAUGCACCCUCUAAUGCUCCAGCUGCUCCUGAACCAAACAUACCUGAUGAGUUAAUAUGCAGUUUAUGUAGAGAUUUACUCACAGAUGCUGUUAUGAUACCAUGCUGUGGAAAUUCUUUUUGCGAUGAAUGUAUAAGAGGCGCUUUACUGGAAUCUGAAGAUCAUGAGUGUCCUGACUGUCGCGAGAAAGAGAUUGCUCCUACCACUUUGAUCCCCAACAGAUUUUUAAGAAAUUCAGUGUCUUCAUUCCGUAAUCAAACUGGGUACAGCAGGAGGGUACCCCACCGCCCAGUUGUUCCACCAAUGCAACCACAUCCAGUAAUAGAGCCUCCAAUGAUGCCGGGUCAUCCACCACCUAAUGCUGCAGGCCAGCAAGGAAUGCCUAGUGGGGAUUCGGACAGGCCGGGCGGCGCGGCAGACGAGUCUGACUGCUCAGACGACAACAUUACGGUGACGGUGCCGCCGGCUCACGCUCAUCGCCCCACUGGCCCUGCUGGCCCUACUGGCCCCGGCCCCGACCCGGUGGGGCCCGCUGGCCACUCCCGGCGUCCCCCAGGUCCGCACUCUCGCCGACCCGACAUGCAUCGAACGCCGCGCUACGGACCUCCAGUAGGCUUGAAGCCUCCAGGGUUAGACACUCCACCCAAUCUACACAAUCCACCAAUGCAAAGAAUCGACGAGCAAAGAGCCAGUACCCCAACGAUAGAUGAAAGGAGAGAUCCAUUAUCAUCACAGGUUGUUUACAAUCGCGGACCCCCACCCCCUUUUAUGGCUGGUGGACCACCACCAUCACGGCGUUAUAACAAUCCUCCGGCGCCAUACGGGCGACACGGUCCGCAUCCUCACGGACCGGCGCCGCCCUUCAACGAGCGAUAUUUGCCUUCGGAACCGUACCAGCCUCGACCACCGGGCGUUAAAGAUUCGCCUACUAAUGGGCACGACGACGAUCCACUGGAGGCGUUCAACCGGAUGAUUCGCGAGAAGGAGAUGCGAGCGAAGCGGCGCGAGGAGGAGCGGCGUCGGGCGCACUCAGGGUCGCAGUCACGUUCGCGCUCGCCGCGCUCGCCUCGCUCGGUGCGCUCGCCGCGCUCACCGCGCUCGCCGCGCCCGCCGCGCUCCCCACGCUCGCCCCGCUCACCGCGCGUACAGCGCUCGCCGCGCUCACCGUUGCCGCGCUCGCCGUUACCGCGCUCGCCUCGCGCGCGCCCCCGUAGCCGUGCCUCAAGUCGGCCCCGUUACUCUAGAUCGCGAUCGUUGUCGCGUGGUAGAAUGCGUCGGUCGCCUUGGUCGCCGAGACGUCGGCGUAGCCGCGAGAGAACUUUAUCGUUGACCAGGUCGCCAUCGCCGCGCCGCCGCCACCGUUCACCGCUGCGCUACCGUUCGCCGCUGCGCUCGCCGUUGCGUUCCCCGCCGCGCUCGGCACCGCGUUCCCCGCCGCGUUCGCCGCCGCGCUCGCCGCUGCGAACCCCACUACGGUCGCCGCCGCGUUCACCGCUGCGUUCACCGCGGCGGUCGGCGAUGCGAUCACCGCCACCCAGAGCUUUAUCACCUCAUCGGUAUGCUGGAGUUUACGAUGAAAUGUUGUCGCCGCCGCCACCUCGUAAUAUUGAGCCGCCGUAUGGACCCAGAUAUGGUUCCAGAAACAAUCCACCUUCGUCAAACUAUCCCCCUAUGGCGAUAAAACCUUUGAUGGCAAUGGAUACUGUUCCCAUUCAAUCGGAACCACCACCGGGCUACCGGGGCCGUUAUGACGCACCACCAUUUGAAGACAUACCACCGGGUGUGGAACCGCCUGUACCUGGUUUUGAACCAUCGCCAUUUGAGAAACCACCAUUCCAUCCACCCGGACUUCUGGAUAGAGAAAGACUUCCACCACCAAAUUAUAGAGAACCCUAUAGACCGCCAUAUGUUGAUGGUCCGGGAGGAUUUCGAGACGUUCCCAUGUCAAACGUUCCGAAUGAGAUACCGAUCCAUGUUGGUGAUCAACCGAGAUAUCGCGAUAAUUAUAGAUCAUACCGUGAUCAAGGACAAAUGCCUUUUCGGGACGGCCAGAGCUAUCGAGAAGGACCACAAGGACCACCGUACAGGGAAGGUAACUUUAGAAGCGGCCCACCAUUUAGAGAUAAUUCGUAUAGGAACAAUCCUUAUAGAGACGGUGGUUAUAGGGAAAAUCAACCCCACAAUUUCCGUGAAGGAGCACCGCCAUUUCGGCCUCCAAGUACUGAUCCGCGAGAGCAACCAGCCCCCAAUUACCAUGAUCCAAGUUAUCGUGAUGGCUUCAGAGAUGAUAAUAAUGUUACUAGGGAUCAUGGGCGACCCGGUUACAGACCACCUAACCCACGGAAUAGAGGAGGUUCGAGACGCAAUCCAAAUAUCGAACAAGAAAGGCAUGGCCGUGAAAGAGAGCGCUUUAAUGAAAAUGGGCAUCCAGAUAGAGUCCGAGAUUUAGAAAAGCGUACUGGUUAUGACAAGUCUCGGGAAAUGCGUGAAGGACGCGAUGAUCGCCCUCGAGACUACGAAAGAAGUACACGUGAGUACGAAAAAGAUCGUGAUCGAGAUAUGAAUAGCCCUGAUAAGAAAAAUCGUAUGUCACCUAAACGUAAUCGUGAGGUAAGGGAUAAAAAGCGAAGCGAAUCCAGAGGAAGGUCCCGGGAAAGAGAAAAUAAACGUGAAAAGAAAGAAGACAGAUCUCGUGAUAAAUCUUCUGCGGACAGAAACAGAGAUCAUAAAGACAAAGAUAAGAAAAUUAAAGAGAGAAAAAAGAAGAAGAGGGAAAAAGAAAAGGAAAAAGAAUUAGAUAAGAAAAAGAGACGUGAAAAGAAAGAAAAGAAGGAUAAAGAUUCUAAAAAAGAAGAUGAUGAAGAUUCUGAAAAUACUAUAUCUAAAAUUGAUAUAAAAGAAGAGCCGGAAUUGCAGAAGGUUAAACUUGAAAAUCCUGGUGAAAAUACAAAUAAUGACACAGUUGAAAAUGUAGUCAAAGUUCAGUCACCUAAGGUAGAAACAGAAAGUAAGCCUCAAAAUGAUUUAUAUGGCGAUGACGUGGGAGCAGUAGAUAAGGAUAUUAUCCAAAAUUACGUCAAGUCAGAAGAUGCAGGUAAUGAAAAGAACAAUGCAGAUAUUGCAAAUAGGGAUGAACCAUUUGAUGGCAUUGAACUUCAAGCAAAUGCUGAUGAAUUAGAUUUGAAAAUAGAGACCGAAAACGUUACACAAAACAAGGAAAUGUUGGCACCCUUACCAGAAUUAUCAAAGUGGGAAGUGGAUGAAGAAGCUUUGGAUAAGUCUAAAGAACCCGGUGAAAUCACAUCACCCGAAGAAGAGGAUGAUUGUGGAAAAGUAACAUCUGACGUUAUCAAACGAGCUGAAAAUGCUAUAUUCGCUAAAGCGAUCAAUUCAUUAAGACCUAUAGAAAUAAAGAAAAUAAGCAGCGACCGCUUGAAGUUAUACGGCGAUGAUCAACCUAAAGGGUCUUUGAACAAUAUUCAAAUUACUGUUCCAGUCACUGAUUCUGAAGCAAGGGCGAUAGAAUUGAAUGAGAAAAAAAGAUCUUCUAAAACACCGCCUCCAAGGCUUUCAGUCAAAGAGCGAUUAGGAGGAAAAGUAGAAGAUGUACGAAGACCCAGAGAAACCCGUGUAGUGCAUAGUACUGUAGAACGGGUAAAAUCACGAUCCAAAACACCUAAUAAAGAGAAACCAUAUCGUCGAGUGAUGGUAGAUAGAGCAAGAGUUCGAAAAUCUGAUGCAUUUGGUAGACCUGAUUCCUUAAAAUCUGACCGAAGGGUAGUGUCAGAGGGCUCAAAAACAACAGAAAAGUAUCGCCAUAAGAGCCCUGGGAAUGAAGUCAAUAAAAGGGAAUUUGAGAAAAAAUCUAAAGACGAUAAAAAGAUUGAUAACCCCGAUUAUCGUCAAGAUAAAGAGACGCCGAACAUCAAGAAUCUAAACACAGAUCGUGAAAGAAAGAAAUCUAUUCUGGAUGAAGCACAUUUUGAACCAGAUUAUGAUGAAAACUUAGAAUCAGACAAUGAAGCCAAAGAAGACAUAUCUAAGAAAAGAGAACAUUCAGUUUCACCAGGAGGAGGCCACUCCGAAUCCAAAAAAACCAAAUUGGAGACAGAAACGAUCAAAUUAGAUCUAACAAAUGUUAAGAAGAAGCCAGAUUCAGAAACUGAAUCUUCUAGUGAAUCUGACGAUUCUUCAUCGUCGUCCUCUUCUGAUGCACGUAGAAAGAAAAAGAAGAAGAAGCGGACAAAGAAAAAGAAAAAACGAGCUGUUAGCGACAGCGACAGCGAGUCCGACUCUGACUCUGAUGAUCACAAGAAGAAGAAAAAGAAACGAAAACACAAGAAGAAGUCGAGUAAGAAGAAGAAAAAAUCUAAACAUAAAUAACUUACCUUCUUUGUGCAGAAGAAAACAACACAUUUAUUGUAUUAGUUAUAGUCAAAGUAUAAAUGUUAAGUUCCUUUCGUUUUAUUUCAUGUUCAAGUAAUGUUUACAUAGCUAGCUUGGUAGGAAUAUAAAGGGCAAUUUAUUUAGCAUUAAUAUAAUGCACAGGACUGGCUGUUUGUGCAAAAAUAAACUUGAAUAAAUUAUAAUUGCUUGUUUU